CAGGGGUGUCUACCAAGGAAUUCCAGGUCAUUUUUGAAAAGAAUUAGAACUUACAGAGACAAAUGUUGGCCUUGUCUGAGGAAAAUAUUGAACUCAAGUUUGAGAAUGAGCAGUACAGGAAAGAUGCUCCAAGGCUUAAGGAAAGGAUAGCAGAUCUUCAGAGUUAUGUGGAGGCCCUCAAACAGGAAAACUCACAACUUGGAGGCAACACAGCCAGAUCUUUUGACUCAUUGGGCUCCAGUGGGAUCAGAAGGAUUGGGGAUAGUGGGAAAAGUGUGAGAGAAUUAGAGAAGACAAUAGCCCUCCUGAAGAAGGUUGUGGAGCGUGUACAGUUAGAGAAUGAAGAAUUAAAGAAAGCUCCUCACAUAGCAGGGAAUGAGGAACUGCAAAAACUGAGGCUGGAAAAUGCUGGACUCAAGGAUCAAUUGGAAGAAUUACGAAUGAAAAUGGGUGCCACACUUAGUGAGAGGUACACCACCACACAGAAGGGUACCGCCAAAAUGACGACAGAUUACGAGAAAAUGAGGAAAGAUCUCAUGAAGGAAAUUGAGUCCAAUGAGAAGUUAAGAAUGGAGAUCCAGAAUCUGGAGUUACAGAAGGAACAACUGAACAGCCAGCUCCAGGAUUCCAAGUCUAUGACAGGACUGGAGCGAGAACGUCCAGGUGGAUCCGGUACUAUGGACUCCAAGGGCUGGAAGUCAGCCGUCGUCACCCGCAUGUAGGAGGGGAAACUGAAAGAUCUAGAGAAGGAAAUGGAGAAAAAGAACAAAUUAUUGAGUGAUACUAAAACUUUACUGAAGGAGGCAGCAGAGAGGGAACAGAGGUUACUGACAGAGAACCAGGCUCUUAAACAGAAG